CACCCUUCCCGGUUAUUUUCUCUUUAUUUAUAACUACAAUAUAAAGUUAUAAACUAUAUAUAUUAUAAAUUAAUAAUUUAUUUACCCUUGAAGUCUAACGAUUAAAAAUAGAAUAUAAUUCAAUAUAGAUAUAUGAUUCUAUUAAUAAAUUAGCAGUUAUAAAUUUGAAAUUUCUAGAAAUAUCAAAAGUCGUAUGUUAGUUAAUUAUCUUUUAAAUGACAUCUAUUUCUAAUUCUGUUUGGAUGAGAAUAUUUUGGCUGAGGUGGAUAGUCUCAAAAGCCUUGAAUUUAGUUCCUUUUAUAUAAUAGGAUAACUAAUUUUUGGUUGGAUUUGUCUCUUUAAGGAGCAUUUUCCAGCCCAUUUAAUACUUUACAGAGUAGAUACUUUCAGUUACGUUACCAAAUUUCGAAAGAUUAAUAAAAUAAUUAAAUGGAGUGUCGUUACUCUUUAUGAGACAGCUGUAUCCACCGUCAACAUGACUCCUCGUGGGGUCCUCCUUCGUUCACAUUUUCCAUAUUGGACGGCUCAGAUCUUCUCCAACCAACCAUGAGAAAAAACUUAUUUUCUCAGAGAGGCUCUUCCUCUAUAUUCCCUUCUUCAUUCACUCUUCUCUUCGUUCUAUUUUCCUUCUCCUCGCAAACUAUCAGAGUUUCAGAAAUCAAUAGAAAAUGGCAGAUGGAGAGGACAUUCAGCCCCUUGUUUGUGACAAUGGAACAGGAAUGGUUAAGGCUGGAUUCGCUGGAGACGAUGCACCAAGAGCUGUGUUCCCAAGCAUUGUUGGUAGACCACGUCACACUGGUGUGAUGGUUGGUAUGGGACAAAAAGAUGCUUACGUUGGUGACGAGGCUCAGUCAAAGAGAGGUAUCUUGACUCUUAAGUAUCCUACUGAGCAUGGUAUUGUCAGCAACUGGGAUGACAUGGAGAAGAUUUGGCAUCACACUUUCUACAACGAGCUCCGUGUUGCACCUGAAGAGCAUCCCGUUCUUCUCACUGAGGCUCCUCUCAAUCCUAAAGCUAAUCGUGAGAAAAUGACUCAGAUUAUGUUUGAAACGUUCAACACACCUGCUAUGUAUGUCGCUAUCCAAGCUGUUUUGUCUCUCUACGCCAGUGGUCGUACUACUGGCAUUGUGUUGGAUUCUGGAGAUGGUGUGAGUCACACUGUUCCAAUCUACGAAGGAUAUGCUCUCCCACACGCCAUUCUGCGUCUUGAUCUCGCAGGUCGUGACCUCACUGAUUACCUCAUGAAGAUCUUAACCGAACGUGGUUACUCAUUCACCACCACAGCAGAGCGUGAGAUCGUGAGAGACGUGAAAGAGAAGCUCGCUUACAUAGCACUUGACUACGAGCAAGAGAUGGAGACGGCGAACACUAGCUCAUCGGUCGACAAGAGCUACGAGUUGCCUGAUGGACAGGUGAUCACUAUUGGAGGGGAGAGGUUCAGGUGCCCUGAGGUUCUUUUCCAGCCGUCUUUGGUCGGAAUGGAAGCUGCUGGUAUUCACGAGACAACUUACAAUUCGAUCAUGAAGUGUGAUGUCGAUAUUAGGAAAGAUUUGUAUGGAAACAUUGUGCUUAGUGGUGGAACCACGAUGUUCCCUGGGAUUGCUGAUAGGAUGAGUAAGGAGAUCACUGCUUUGGCUCCGAGUAGCAUGAAGAUUAAGGUGGUUGCUCCACCGGAGAGGAAGUAUAGUGUUUGGAUUGGAGGAUCCAUUCUAGCAUCACUUAGUACCUUCCAACAGAUGUGGAUAGCAAAAGCUGAGUAUGAUGAGGCAGGGCCAUCGAUAGUCCACAGGAAAUGCUUCUAAGAUUACGCUCGCCGUUGGAUGAAAGAUUGUUUCGUAUUAUUUUAUAUGUUCAACGAGUUGGUUUCAGACAAUUUUUUUCUGUUUGGUUUUUUGUCCCUCACUACCUUGGUUUCUUGUUUCACAUCUCUUUGGUUGUUUCUGCCAUUAAUGCGAAAAGAACAGAUU